AUGGCUCCUACCUCCUCUCCCGAUAGUGUUGACUCCGCUGCCUUUCCUGGCUUCAAGAAACGCGCUCCGUCUAUCCAAACACCCAGUCCAGGAACUCCCUCCGGUGCAGACCAGAGCUUGUUUACCUCCGCAACAGACGGGUCCCAGUCAAGCAACAUCGCCUCCUCGCCAUUGGGGCCUUUGCGCUUGCAGGCUGUCGACAACAACCCUUUCAUCAGGGCCAAUAAUAACGGUCGCACAGACCUCCAACAGCAGCAGGCCCUUCUCAACGGGUAUCAUGCAUUGAAGAUUGACCAUGCUCGUCUUGAAACAGAAGUUGAGCGUCUUCUUAUGACCAAGCACGUACUUCAAGAGAACGCCGUGGAAAGCCUCGCUGCGAAUGUCAAGCUCAAUGCCGAGAUGACCGAGCUCAAGGAGCAGUUGGCCGAGGGAGAAGAACUUAUGGACCAGCAGAAAGACAAAGAAGCUGGCCUUAGAGCGAAGAUUUUCGAGGCUAGAAAAGGGCGAGAACACAUGUUGGCUCAGCUCGUGGCGAUUCGCAAAGAGUUGUCGUCCGAGAAGAGGGAACGACAGCGCCGAAUGGAACAGAGCGAAAAGGGCGUUUCAAAAGCUAAAUUGAAGAUCGUCUCUCUUGUCAAGGACCUCCAGAACCUCAUUGAUGUCAUCGACGAAGUUGAGGAGAAGUUGGAUGACUCGGACCAGCGUGAUAUUUCUAUGCGGUCUGGGUGGGUGGACACAAGCCUGUUGGACGCCGCUGAUAUGAGCUACUAA